UACUCAGGGGACCUGAAGAACGGGAUCAGAUCGGGACGAGGGAGUUACGAAUGGCGAUCGGGGCAGAAGUACGAAGGGCAGUGGAGAGACGAUGAGAGGCACGGGACCGGCACGGAGACCUGGCCGGAUGGAAGGAAGUACUUCGGAGAGUGGAAGGAAGACUCGUUCCAUGGGGAGGGGACAUACACGUGGGCGGACGGGUGGAUUUUUAGGGGAACUUUUGACAAC